AUGGCUGAGAAGCGGAACAAAGAGCAAUCGCUCAUCGAUGCUCAGAUCAGAGAGCUCGACGAGUCCAAUCAAGAGUUCGAGAGCCUCUGGCAAAUGUGGCAGGCCAUCUUCCCAGAUUGGCCCAUUGAGCGUCAACGACUGGAGAAGAUGAUCCACCAAAUGCCCGGUAACCAUCUCAUCCACGAGCACGGAUUCUGCCUCUCCUUCCUACAGAAUGGAGUGCUCGGCAUGAUCUCUGCGGUGGGGGUACUGCCCGACCAUCGUCGCAAGGGCCUCGGGACAGCCCUGGUACACAGAGCUCAUGAGGUACUGAAGAAGGCAGCCAAAGAUUCCGGCGAGAAGGAGCUCCAGUCUCUUGAAGUUGGGUCUUGGGCGCCUCGGUUCUGGCCACAGAUGCCCAUCGAGAUGUCACAAGAAGUGAAGGAUUUCUUCUUGCACUGCGGUUUCAAAAAAUCUCCAGAUUUAGGGCCCCGUGACUUGUUCAAAGACAUCCGCAAUGGUGAUGUAGUGCCCGCAGAUGUCUUGGAGCGAGUUGCCAAGACAAACAUCAUAUAUCGCCCUUGGUCACCAGAACUAUAUGAGGAAUGUUUGGAAAAGCAACGGGCCAACUUUAAUUGGUGGAAGGGCUACGAGAUUCUCGCCCAGUACGGCCAACACUCCCAAGCCAUGGUCGCCAUCGACCCCGAUACAAACGCGCAGGUUGGAUGGACAUUCAUGUGCUCCCCCGAUGCCAUCAUCAGUGACAUGUACGCCUUCCUGCAUCUGUCCCCCACCAAGGACAAGACGGGGUCGAUUUCCGCGGUGGGCAUUGACCCUAACUUCAGGGGUAAGGGUGUGGGUUUGGGGCUGGUCGCGAGAGCAAUGGAGAAUAUGAAGGAGAGAGGGAUUGAGGGUAUCAUGAUUGACUCGACCUGGCUCCGGGGCUUCUACGAGAAGCUGGGGUUCAAGGCGCAGUGGGAGUAUGAGCGCUGGGUAUGGGAAGAUGCUAAACAGUAA